AUGUAUGAAGAAGUUUUCCCGGACUGGAUAAGUGGGCGCCUAAAGGAAGCGACAUUUUUCUGCUAUCCCGGCAUGACCAGGCUCCUUUCUUUCCCUGCCUCAGGGCAAUUAGCCAUUAAUAAAUGCGAAAGCCAGUCGGCCGUCCCAGAAGUAUCGCCACCUCAGGCUAGUGAACUUGUAGAAUCCGAGCCUUAUUCCGAUGAACUUGCUCGUGAAGCAGUCUCGCCAGAUGAUGAACUUGAACCGGAUGCUAGCGUUGAAUUCAUCGCACCCACACCUGGCGUCGUCGAAAAAAUCAUACGGCAGUGUGAGUUUUAUUUUAGCAACGCAAAUAUAUUGAAAGAUCCCUUUCUGCUGAAAAAAGCGAAGAGUGACAAAGAGGGUUGGAUAGAACUUUCGAUAAUUGAACGUUUCUCAAGGAUGCGGCAGAUUUCUUCUGAUCACCUUACAUUUUUAUACGCUCUAAGACAGUCGAAACUUUUAGAAAUAUCCGAGAAUGGCCUCAUGAUCAGACGCAUCGAACCUCUGCCCGAUUGGGACCCUUCAGUUUACAAUAGGAGUAUCAUUAUAUCGAAAUUUCCCUGUGUUACUGUGACCGUAGAUUCUAUCACAGAUCUCUUUACGAUAUGUGACCUCCCGCCUAGGCUUGUUAGAGUUUUGUCUCCUCAGCGCAGAAUCCCAGCUGAUCUUAAACGCACCCAAUAUUUCCAUCCGAUGCUUGGCGUAGAAAUGUGUGCAAUCAUUGAGUUUGACAGCAGAGACCAAGCCAUGGAAGGAAAGAGUAUAGCCGAAACCACCUAUCCCGGUUGUUAUCGCCCUCAACUUUUGUAA